AUGGAGGACAGUACAGUUAUACCCGUGAAUCUAUUCAGCUCCGAAAAGUCCCUCUUAAUUAAUAUAGCCGUUUUUACCAUUUACGGUAUUAUCAUAGUGCUCAGUCUAGUCGGAAAUACUAUAGUGAUUCUUGUCAUUCUCCGAUUCAAGUCGAUGCAGUCCAUUACCAAUUUAUUCAUCGUAAAUCUAGCUGUGUCAGACCUUUUGAUGAGUCUUGUUGCAGCACCCUUUACUCCUAUCGCUGCGUUUUUUGACAGUUGGGUGUUACCACAGAUCCUUUGUAAGCUACUCAGCUUUACAAUGGGCGUUUCAGUCUACGUCUCCACAUUAACAUCAACAGCAAUUGCGGUGGAUCGGUAUCUUGUUAUUGUGCAUCCAUUUUUCUCAAAAAUGCGCAACUGGAUGUGCGGAACAAUUAUUGCAACAAUUUGGGCAAUUUCUACGCUCAUCUGCUUGCCUCUCGCCAUACACCAAAAAAUUACCGUGGACCCCGCCCGAAAUGUCACCAUUUGCACUGAGUCUUGGCCUCAGGGCGAAUCUAGGCGGAUAUUUUCAAUCCUGAGUUUUGUAUUUCAAUUUGUGGUUCCAUCAGUGGUGAUCUCUUUCUGUUACUUUUACGUGAGUCGACACCUAAGGAACCGGCUACAGCAAAAGCUCGGAUCGCGACUCCGGAACGCACAAAAGCAGGAUCUCGAGGCCAGACGACACAGCAGAACAAACAGAAUGCUCAUCGCAAUGGUUGUCGUUUUUGCGAUUUGCUGGAUUCCUCUCAACGGGCUUUGGAUCUAUUUCGACAUUAAAUCCACUGAUCCCGAAUUUUCCCUGCCAUACUUUGACGAGGUAUUUGUUCCUUGUCAUAUUUUUGCAAUGAGCUCGGCCGUCUCUAACCCUCUGCUGUAUGCUUGGCUCAGUGAAACAUUUCGGCGAAAUUUCCAGUCCCUUGUGCCCUGCCUAAGAGCCACAAAUGUUGGAAUUCCACCGGAGAAUCCAACACGCAGGCAUGUUGAAUCUCAAACAAAAUCCUGCGAUGUUUCGGAACGCUAUUUGUAA